GGCCUCGCCCAGCCUCUGCCCCGGGGACAGCAGAAUCUGGGCUGAAACAACCCUUUGUCCACUCCCUCCCCUCUGACCCGCUACCCGGGCUAUUGUUUUCUAUUUGCCCGGGUCRUAGGUGGGAGGCGAGGAACGCUGGGGUUCGGGAGCCUGGCUGCUCUCCAGCCGGGUGGCGGCCUUCGGCCCCGGGGUCACUGGGCGGCCGCGCCUGCAGCCUGGAGGAGGGAACGCCUGGGUCCGGCGGCCGCUCGCUCGCUCGGGUCCUCCCGCCUCCAGCUCGGCCAUGGGCUCGCGCGGCUCGCACGCCGCUCUCAUUCCCGACGUGGACAGCAUUCGCCGAGAGACCGGCUUCUCGCAGGCCAGUCUGCUCCGCCUCUACCACCGGUUCCGGGCACUGGACAGGAACAAGAAGGGCUACCUGAGCCGCAUGGAUCUCCAGCAGAUCGGGGCGCUGGCUGUCAACCCCCUGGGAGACCGGAUUAUAGACAGCUUCUUCCCCGAKGGGAGUCAGCGAUUGGAUUUCUCAGGCUUUGUCAGGGUUCUGGCUCAUUUUCGACCUAGAGACGAUGACACAGGAGUCCGAGACCCCAAGCAGCCUGAACCCCUCAACAGCAGAAUGAACAAACUUCGCUUCGCCUUUCAGCUCUACGACCUGGAUCAGGAUGGGAAGAUCUCCAGGCACGAGAUGCUGCAGGUUCUCCGGCUGAUGGUCGGAGUCCAGGUGACAGAAGAGCAGCURGAGAGCAUCACGGACCGCACGGUGCAGGAGGCGGAUGAAGAUGGGGAUGGGGCWGUGUCCUUCUUGGAGUUCACCAAGUCCUUAGAGAAGAUGGACAUCGAACAAAAAAUGAGCAUCCGGAUCCUGAAGUGAGGCCGGCCACCCCCUGCAUCUCUG